AUGAAUGCACUCAUUAGCACCAAACAAUACUAUUGUAUCUUGCUUCUCUGUUUGUUAAAAUUAGCCGUUGCAUCUCAUCGCGAUGAUAAAACUCAUGUUUACAUUACCAACGACGUCGGAAAAGGCGUAGAUCUUACGGUGCACUGUAAGUCAAAAAACAACGACCUAGGUGCACACCUUCUGCAUGAUCAACAAAUGUUUGAAUUUUCAUUUAUCCCAAGUCUUUGGGGUAAUACAUUAUUUUAUUGCAAAUUUACAUGGAGUGGCCAGUUGAAGUGGUUUGAUAUUUACGUAGAACAUAAAUCUAGAGAUGACUGCGAAGAUUGUUAUUGGAAGAUUAAACCUAAUGGUCCUUGCAUGCAGAAGAAUCCAGAGGCAUGUUUUCCGUGGAACAAGUAAAUUCAACCUUAAUAUUUAUGUUAUAUUUUCCAUGAAAUAAUAGCCACAGAUCAAUAAAUUUUAUGUGUUUGCUUAUCUCUUUUGUUUU